UCUACCAUUCUAUAUUUUACAUGUCAUCAUCAACAACGAAAACAAUUUACCGAUUUAGUUUUAGCAACGAUAUCAGCCUACUGAAUUCCAUUCAUAAUUUUGUUUUGUUUUUUUAUUCUGGAUAAUCUAUUGCCUGGAGAAAAUUAUCAUCAUUUUGAUCAUCAGUAAUCAUGAAUCAACAACCCGAAAUGAUGAUGGUCGACCAGCCGAUUAUAGCCGAACAACAACAAUCAUCACCACAAUCGGUAAUCGAUUCUGAAUCAAUUACACAUAGUGCAAUGACAAAGAAUAAAAAAUCAUUAAAUAUUAAAUUAUUGAUGCGUCGUCCGAUUGAUGUUUUAGUUGAUCAGGGUAUUCUUCCACCACCAAAAUCAUCACCAUCAUUUUAUGAACAAAAACAACGUUUAGAACGUGCAAAAACUGGUGAUUAUUUAAAACAUAAAAUUCAACGACGUCCACAACGUGAUGAAUUAGUUCAACAGAAUAUUUUGGAACAAGAAAUAUUUGAUCCAUCAUAUUAUGAACAAGAACGUAAACUUAAACGAGCUAGAUUGGCCGAUGAUCUUAACGAAAGACUUUCACAUCGUCCCGGUCCAUUGGAAUUGAUUAAAGGAAAUAUUUUGCAUGCAGAUCUUUCACUGGAACAAGCAAUUAAAGAAGGACAAAUUACAUUUAAAAAAACAUGUGAAGGUGAAAUAAUUAAAAAUCCACCAAAACGUUUUGUAUUUGAAGAAGAAAGUAGUUCAGAUUCAUCGAUACCAUCACCUUCGAUCAAUAAUCUUGGCCAACAACAACAACAACAGAAUCGUCUGAUCACUAACAAUGUACCUUCGUAUAUUUUGUCAAAUACGACACCAUCCGCUAGUCUUAUGUCGAUAUCGUCGACGAUUCAAACAGAACCACCACCAUUACAACAACAACAACAACCCUCAACUACUGUGAUUCCUACAGCAACCUUAUCAUAUAUUAUGACCACAAAUGUAUUGACGCAUCCAAACAAUUCAACUGUUUUUAUAACUACCGCAUCAAAUCCAACUACAGCUACAAUAGCUCAACCAAAUAGUUUGAUAACAUCCACACAAAUCGCUAAUAACAUUCAACAAUCGCAACAACAACAACAACAGCCACAGGUAUUAUCAUCUACAGCCACUAUUAAUAAUAAUAGCGGUUGUCAGAAAUUUGUUGGACCAUCAUCACAACAUACAAUCAAUAGUAUUCAAAAACAAUCAUCCGAAGCAAACGCUCAAAUAAUUUCACAACCAAAAUCUAAAUCAUCAAAAAAAAUCAAAUCCAAAUCGACACCUAAAACACGUGUUAUUAAAUUUCAUGAAUAUACUGGACCACCGUCAAGUAAUAAUGGUAAUCGAUCGACCAAAACAAAUCAAACAGCAUCAGGUUGGACAUCAAAUCCGAUGACCACAUCAAUUGAAACAUCAUAUGAAUUACUACUUAAACAACAGCAAUUAAUUCUUCAAUGGCAGCUUGAAUCACAACAACAGCAGCAGCAACAACAACAACAACAACAACAAAAUUCUACUAAUCAACAAUCGAUUCCUGCUGCAAAGAAUGAUAAUCAUGAUAAACGUUCAAAUAGUCCGCAAAUUAAAUCGCAAAAAUCCACACCGCCAAUGUCAUUAUUUGAUUUUGUCGAUCCAAAUGUUUUUGGUGGUGAUUUUAGCAGCAGCAGCAGCAGUAUCAAGAACAAUGGUAAUAAAACGAAUGAUUCAAAAACAACAACAACAAAAAAUGUUCAAUCACAAAAUAAAUUGAAAAAUAGCGAUUUAAAUUGUCAGACGCAACAUCGACAACAACAAUCACAACAGCAGCAUCCGCAACAACAACAACAGCAACGAACCAGUCCUAUUAAAAGUACAAGCAACAUAUCGAAUGUAAAGAAAAUCAUAUCGAAAUUAGAAGAUAUGAAAGUAAGCGAUCUAAAAGCUGAAUUGAAAAAACGUAAUCUACCGGUAUCUGGUGCGAAACAACAAUUAAUCGAAAGAUUGAAACCAUUUUCCGAUUCAGUUGUGGUCAAUAUUUUGGCCAAUGCUAAUCGAGAAACAUUGAACUUAACUAUGUUGGCAAAAAAUGGCGCAACACAGCCGCAGCCUUAUAUUUUUCAACAGAAUGUUAGCUUGAAUCAAACGAACAGUAAACAGCCGACAGCUCAAGAUUUUGUUCUGCUGGCUACAACUAAUCCUACCAAUAAUGGCCUUACCACUGAACCAGUAACCAUAUUGAAUGCUGCUCCAGCAUCGAAUAUUACAAUGGACGGUCGGACAACUAUACCGUUGACUAUACCGAUCGGUCAAACUACAUUCAUACCGACAGCACAAUAUCAAUUUCUAUCGUCAUCAAAUACUGCCAAUUCGAAUGUUUUGGAUGGCAGCAAAUACCGUAUGAAUACGAAUACAAUUUCUUCGCCGGCUAUUCAAUUGCCCAAUAAUUUCUUGAUUAGUGGACCAACCGGUCAAACGAUAAAUGAUUCGUCGAAUACAAUGACCAUUUUAACAUCACCUUCUCGAACAAUUCAGCUUGCGCAAUUGGCCGAUUCGUCAUCGUCGUCAUUGAAUUUUGGAUCAACAUUUGUUACGCCAACGAAUACUGCCAAAUUGUUUAACAUCGGUCAAAACUCUAGCCCCAUGUUUCAUCAAUUGCUUCUGUAUCCUUCAACAGCAACAACUACAAUCAUCAAUUCGGACAAUGAAACACGAAAACAACAACAACAACAAUCUCAUCGUUCAAAUUCUUUUCCAGCUGAUUCAUUACAUCCGCUUCAAAGAAAUACUUCCUUACCUUUGAUUAUCAAUCAAAUGCCAAUCGAUACUAACAUUAAACCACUGAUUAAAGUGACUGAUAAUAUUGAACAACAAACAAAUAAACCUCUGAUACCUGUUAUGAAAAGUGCAAGUGAUGAUAAUUUUCAAUUCAAAAUACCUGCCGCUUUAAAAUCACAGGACAUAAAACAAAAAGAUUUGAAACAAAACAAAAAGUCUUCGGUAGAAAAUAGUAAGCCUGCUAAACUAGCAGAAUCGUUGUUGGAUCAACAAAUACCAAAUCAAGCUACUGUUCCUGCAUUAUCGAGUACAAACGAUUGUGAUAGCGAUAAAAAUGUUAAAGUCCAUACGACUACGACCACCAGUAGUGAUCAACAAUCACAGCAACCAGCUCAACAACAUCCACAGCCAGAUUCGACAUCCAAUCUGGAUUUUGAUGAUUUUAUUCUUAACUUUGAUGAUCUUAACGGAUUGGAUGAUGUCCCACCACCACCACCACCACCAUCAUCAUCAAACUCGUUAGCCACAAAUAACAAACUAAUGACAACUAAUUCCAGAGAAAAUGGCCUAAUCGAUUUCAAUGAUAAUUGGCUACUUUCGGAUUACAAUUUUUCGACUGCUAACGAUUUGUAUAUGCAACAACAACAACAACAACCACCACCACCACCUGUCAAAUCAACGAAUCAGAUAACUGAUAUGUCAAUGGAUUCGACAUCUACUGAUCAAUUAUUUGAACAAAUUUUUGAUAUGCAACUUUCACAACAACAACAACAACAAAGACAGCAUUCAAACAAUGGCAUUUAUAAUACACAAAUGGCUAUGAAUAUGGACCAAAAUUUAAACGAUUUUACCACUAACAAUAUUGUCAACAACAACAACCAUCAACAUCAUCAUAAUAUUGUCGAUUCAGAUUUUCAAUUAUUCAAUUAUUUAUCUAAUCCAUUACAACAUUCAUCAACAUCUUCAUCCACGACAUCAACAUCAUCAUGUUCAGCAUCGACAGCAUCAUAUUCAACAGGUUUGAAUGGCAACAACAACAAUGGCAAUAAUAAUCUAUUAUCAUCAUCAUCAUUAGAUCGAUUUAGUGAUCUAUUUUUUUCGGAUGAUGGUGGUAAUGAUGAUCUAAUGGAAAAAUCAUCAUUAGAUUUUUCCUGUUCACUUUUUGAAAACAACAACAAUAAUAAUAAUACAAAUGGUCGAAUAGAUUUUGCAACCUAAAUGUGCAAUAUUGAUGAUGUUGAUGAUCCAUCUUGAAA